ACCCUUAAAUGGUCCUGUGCACCCUUUUUUCGGGUAAAGAUUGAAGAAAGCAAAGCGAAGGAGGAAAAAAGAAAGCCAUGUCGACUCAUCCUGAAGUUCCCGGCGAGCCCACUCAUACCACCACCGCCCUUCUCGAGACAGCCACAUCUGCCAUCCAAGGAUUCGGCCCUAUCAACAAAAUUCACCAACACCUCUGCGCGUUCCAUUUCUAUGGCCAUGACAUGACGCGGCAAGUGGAAGCGCAUCACUUCUGCGCGCACCAGAACGAGGAGAUGCGGCAGUGCCUGAUAUAUGAUGGUCCGGAGGCAGACGCUAAGCUUAUUGGGUUGGAAUACAUCAUAUCCGAGAAUCUUUUCAUGACGCUACCCGAUAUGGAGAAGCCGCUGUGGCACUCUCACGAGUUUGAGGUGAAGAGCGGCGUGCUUUUCAUGCCCAGGAUGCCGGCACUGGUGGAGAGGCAGGACCUGGAGAAGGUGUGCAAGACGUAUGGGAAGACAAUUCACUUCUGGCAGGUUGACAGAGGUGAUAAUCUCCCUCUUGGUCUCCCUCAGAUCAUGAUGGCGCUCUCUAGGGAUGGCCAGCUUGAUGAAAAAUUGGCACGUGAUUGUGAGAAGCGCUUUGGAGUGAUAUUUGAUAAGGAGAGGGAGAACAGAGCGUACAUGAAAGGCCCAGAGCACGGCAUACAUCCAUUGGCAAAUGGUGCAGGGACGGGGCUCCAGACGAAGCUGAGAGAGGUUGAUUGCAAGCCCACAGAGUCUGUUCCUAGGGUUUUUGUGUGAGUAAUAUACCAGUGGGUCAGAGACAGUACAUAAAAUAGUAAAUUGGGGUUUAUAGGUGAUGCUCUCUCCUUACGCUUAAGUGGCAGAUAAAGUAGUAUGUAGUGGUAGAUAUAUAGUACACAAGUGAGUAGAGAAAGUACAUAAAAGUGUAUGAGGGCCUAUGUGAUGUUCUGUGUUCGUCUAUUGCUGUAUCACUUUCCUGUGUACAUGGGGUCUUUCAACCUGUAAUAGAUAAGACUUGCUUUAAAUUCA